AUGGUGUAUCUUCCACCCCCACAUCUAUCCUCCGCGUCCCAGCCCUCCUAUGCCGAGGCAUACGCCAAGAUCCUCGCCGCCCACCGCCGGUCUCCAAAAACCGCCGCUUCCUCGGUCGUCAUACUCGUAGCGCCGGACGUCGACGCGCUAUGCGCCUCGAAGAUGCUCUCGGACAUACUCAAGCAGGACGACGUCAUGUACCGGAUCAUCCCCGUGGCGGGACACGCAGAGCUGGAGCGCAUACGAGACGAGCUAGCUACAUAUGCGGACCUACACACCCUCCUCAUGUUCAACAUGGGCGCCAUCCUGGACCUCCCAUCGCCAGAAUGGUUCGGAGAUUUCCCGCCAACGCUGACGGUGCACGUAAUCGAUUCGUCAAGACCGCAGAACUUGUCGAGCGUGUUCGGUGCCGGAGAGAACGGCGAUCGCAUUGUCAUCUGGGACGACGGUGGGGUGGAGUCGUUGCAGGAAGAGCGGAAGGCUUGGGAAGUCCUGACAUAUGCGCCCGAGGUCGACUCGGAUGAGGAUUCGGACUUCGACUCGGACGAAGAUGGAACGGACGAGGAAGACGAGGACGAUGACGAAGAUGGUGCUUCGUCUGCGUCGUCUCCGAGGAAAAGGAGAUCGUCAAACGACGGUGGGCGACGAGGGAAGCGACGGAAACUGGACCAACCGAACCGCAUUUCUCGAGAGGAGCGCGAACAGCACGAGCACAGACUCAUCAAGUACUAUCGUUCUGGUACUUGGUAUGGUCAGAGCGCAUCUGGGACGAUGUACAUCCUAGCUACCGUGCUUGAACGCGUCGAUAAUGACCUUCUAUGGCUUGCCAUCCUCGGACUCACAUACCAAUAUGUGACCUCGCGCGUGUCAAGGGACGAGUACGACAAAUACCAGCAGAUCUACAACGACGAAGUCGCACGAUUAAAUCCUGCACCACCCCCGACGCUGGGCGAUGAGCUCAAGGCUCAGAGCCCGGACGACAACGCAGUUUACUCCACUGAAGAGUUCCGCUUCAUAAUGUUCAGGCAUUGGAACCUGUAUGACGCCAUGUACCACUCCAGCUACGUUGCGAGCAAGCUCGGUAUUUGGAAAGAAAGAGGCCGUAAGCGUCUGACCGGACUGCUCGCGAAGAUGGGUUUCUCAAUACCCGAAACACAACAACCAUACCCUCACAUGGCAAAGGACCUCAAAGCCUCCCUUCGCGAGAAGCUAGAUCAACUCGCGCCCGAGUACAGCCUGGUCGAACUCUCAUAUCCCUCCUUCACGCGCUGCUACGGUUACCGCGGACAACCACUGUCGGCGGGCGAUGCCGUCGAGGCGCUCUCUGCACUGCUCGACAUCGCCGGGGGCACGCGCAUCGAAAUCGAAGAGGAAGGCGCACGUAACGGCGGCGACUGGUUUGGGGGCGGCAGGGUAUGGGACGCCGGGAAGGAGGGCCGCCAUCGAGAUGACGACAGGGAGAACGUGCCCCCCGGGGCGCUUGCCAAUAUGGUGAAGACCCAGGUGCAGGGCAUGAAUAAGGGCGAGGGCGAGGGCGAAGAUGUGGAGUGGUGGGUGAAGAACUUUUGGUCCUCGUUUGAUGCCCUGAACGACAUCGAGCGACAGAAGGACGCGAUCAGGCUCUCCAUGGCAUUGCAUCGAGCGAUUAUCCGGCAAGGUUCCUCCAUCAUCGACCGACAAGAGAUCAAGACCAUGCGCGGUCAUCGCGUUGUCCUCAUCACCCAAGGUCCCGACCUGCAGCUCUUCGUUCACCCAGGGGUGCUCAACCGCCUGGCGUUGUGGCUCGUCGAAGCGCUUCGCGACCGUGUCGACCCCACCACCCCAGCGUACUCCCGCAGCAAACGCAAGAGCUUGCCGGUGGUCGUCGCAUGUUUGAACGAGAGGACAAACACGUUCAUCGUCGUCGGUGUGACUGGGGCGGCCGACUUCGACGAUGUCCGGAAGAACGAGUUCGGUCUUGCGUUCCUCGACGCAAAAGAGCGGUGUAAUGCGCGCACGCGGCACGGCACGUUCGACACGAGCGUGCUCGAGAUCAACAGAGAUGAUCUCAAGGUCUUCCUCGAGACGCUGUGCGAGAGUAGGGAACGCUUCUAA